GAAAAAUGAAUUAAGGUUUCCUCAUGUAGUUUUCAGGGAUCUUUUAAGCGAUAAUAACUUCAAUAAAGUUUAAAAAUUAUCAUUGGAGAAUAUCUGUUGUUUACCACAUCUAUAUCUUUGCUCGUAUUUACCAUUGUUACUGUUUAUGACCCUAAAACUGGACCAAAAAAAAGUACAUUUUUAGAGAUCGUUACAGGUCAUAAAAUAUUACUUUUAGUAAUGAAACAUUUUUCCAGCAAAAUAUCAUCAUACUUUGCAAACAAACCUCAAAGCCUUUCUAGGAUCAACAGGACUCUCAGAGUGACUAACCUUGUCAUCUACGAAGUGUUUGGUCAAAGGUGUCAGGCAUCGCACUUCAGAGUUAUUACCAUACAGUUUCAAAAGAACAUGACCGAAAAUGAUGGCCACAGUGGUUUGUAUCCUGUUCUCCAGGGCUGGCGUGUUUGAGGAUAUGGCAGAUGACCUUCCUCUUACUGGAGGAGGAAGAUGCAGAGGUGAGGGGGAGAAUGACCUCCAUCCUCCCUGCUAUUGACCCCAACAUCAAAGACCCAGCUCCUGCUGUGCUGACAGUGGAUAUACUCCUGGAGAAGAUGUUGGACAUUCGGCUGUGCCCUGACCCCCGAGGCUGUGUCACCCUGCUGCUGGAUCUCAUCACCAGAGACGCCAGCUGUCUACAGGAUGGGAAAGUUGGAGUGUUUGACAAGAGCGAAAUUAAUACAUAUAGUGAGAAUGUCACUAUGGCAGCCAUUGCUGCGAAACACCUUGAGGCUGUCAUCAGAGGCGAAAGGGAGGUAACUGAUGACAGAGAAUAUUGCCAUGGCGAUUCAGCAGGCCAAGAUGGAAGCAACCACAAAAUGAAAAGUUGCGUAACAUUAAGAAAUACUGAGGAUUAUUUGAAAAGAAAAGUGUAUGCAUUUGCUUCAGAAGAAUUACUAACUCUUUUGGUGAAGGAAGCUGUGGCAAAUGUAUGUGAGAAAUUAGAGACAUUGCUGGCAGAGUAUAACAGCCAUUGCUGUUUGAAGGAUGUGUACCUAAGGACUGGCCAGUAUGAGUGGUCAGUAUGUCUGAUGUCUCGCUUAGUCCUCACUCUGACCAUCUUGACCUGUGCGGAAGUGUUCAGACAUACAGACUACAGUCAAAGAGUUUUUCAGAAGGCGAUAGAUGUGAUUGGCUCACAGACCUGUAAUAACUUGAUGGCAGAACACUUGACUCUAUUGAGCCAACAGCCAAACCUAUCUCAAAGUUUAUAGUAAAGCCUUUUGAAGCCCUAAAUUUUUAAGUUUUCCAUAUAGUUUUAAUUGGAUGCAGACGUGAGUUGAUAUAUACAAAAAAG